AUGCCGGACAUCAUAUCGGCUGCGAGGUUUCUCUUGGAGAACCAAGGCUUGCUGAUGGGUGAAAUUGACAAUAGCGACAGAGCAAAGAGACAGUUGCUUCCGACAGAUAUCAUCGCAAUAGAUAGUGAUGAAGAAGAAGAAGAAGAUGAUGAUCUACCAGAUAUAAUUAGUCCGACUUUAAUGAGAACACCUACGUGUACUUUGAAGUCAAAACGUCCCGUAAAAGGCAUCAAAGGACUGCAUAGGCUGAAACCGUACUCAAGGCCUACAUCAACGGUUACAAGUGCAAGCAGCACAAGCAGUACAUUGUCAGAAACGGUUUGGGAAAAGAGGGAAAAUGAGAUGCUGGUGGCUCAUCAGAGAGAACUUUCUAAAGCUAAGCAAGAGGCAAGAGACGAACUGUUAUUAUGUAUAAUAUGUCUAUCAGCCGAGAAAGAUCACACACUAGUGCCUUGCGGACACACCUUUUGUAAAGACUGUUCACAUAAGAGUAAAGCUAAGGGAAAGUGCUUCUUUUGCAUGACAAAAGUAAAAUCGUGUGUAAAAAUGAGACUGACAGACUAA